CACAAGAAACACACGUGUGGGAGGUUGACAUUGGAGCCCCGCUAUACCGACCAUCUAACAGCGUUUCUUUGAGAGGCAAACAUCACCAGUGGCUGUAAAUACAUAGACCUAUACAUUUCGCUACCAUUGUUUAUUCAUAUCUAUUCAAGAUUCAAUUGUUUUUAAGUUAUUGAAUGGACAUGCAUCUCCUCACUGUCGCGCGUAAAAUAUGCAUACACAUAGGCUAAUCUCCAUGCGCGUAAUAAUUCCAUCCCACCAGUGCAUACGGAUGUAUUGCAAUUCCACGAAAGCAACCGGGAUAUACAUUAUCUCUACUAAGCAACAUCAAAGAAGACCUUGGAUUCUGCAGAGGAGGGAUGAUUGACACGAGAGGGAAUUGACCGACUGGUGGAAUAACGGUGGUCGCUUGAUCACAGUGCGAUCUCUAUCCCUGGGACUUGUAAUUCUGGAUGGCCCCCUGAACGUCUUUAAAUCGUCCCGGAACGUUUUAUUGUGAAUACUGUCAAUGAGUGAAUGUGAAUCCUACCUGGAACAUUGGACCGAACCUUCAGUUGUUUCUGGAUCUCCAUCGUCGGGCUAUCAUUUUAUAAGCUGUAACAGAAGGGAGAUCAAAUCCAAGCUGAAAUUGCCGCUGGGAAGGACUGUUAUUUCCCAGAGAACUCAUGUGGAAUUGGAAUAGUGGAAUUCAUGAAGAAAUAUUUGACUUAUUUCAAUAUGAGGCUUAGAACAUCGAGAUUAGGCUACCUGUUACUUCAGUUCUUAGCGCUGUGUUUUUACACACAGAACACAGUGCAGUCCCACUCCCCACCUCCUAAUUUCAAGCACCAUGUGAACGAGCAGUGCCGGUUGUCUGACCGGAUGAGCCGCCGGUUGAUUCGGACCUACCAGCUCUACAGCCGGACCAGCGGUAAACAUGUCCAGGUUCUGGGUAAUAAGAAAGUGAAUGCCAUGGGCGACGACGGAGCUGUGCACGCCAAACUUGUGGUGGAGACGGACACGUUUGGUAGUCGUAUUCGGAUAAAAGGGGCAAAGACGGGCUACUACAUCUGCAUGAACAAGACGGGGAAAUUGAUUGGCAAGCGGAAGGGUCGUGGUAAAGACUGCAUCUUCACAGAGAUCGUUCUGGAGAACAACUACACUGCUCUCCAGAACGCUAAAUAUGAGGGCUGGUACAUGGCCUUCACGCGUAAAGGAAGGCCCCGCAAGGCCUCCAGGACCAAGCAACACCAGAGGGAGGCCCACUUCAUGAAACGCCAGCCCAAGGGCCACCUCCUGGGUGACGCCCAGCCCUUUGAUGUCCUCCCCCUCCCCGUGGUCCCCUUCCACCCCCGGAGGACUAAACAUACCCAUCACCACAGCUCAGGGGCCCACUGA